UUCUCAAAUUAUCAAUUAUAGCAACAAUUUAUAUUUUUUGUUAAUAAAUGUGUAUAAACUAUUUUCGCCGUACCGAAAAAAACUAUUUCAUCUCAUUUUUCUGACGUAAAACUCACAUAAAGAAAAAUAUUUAAAAGAAAGUAUCCAAUCACAAUCUUUAUCAGUCUAAUCGAGUACUCAGGUCGCGUAGAAGUAGAAAUAAGCGCUUGUUAGUGUGUUUAGUGAGGACGCAACGCCAAAAACAGACUUUGAACAAAUUGGAAGUGAACCGAAUUUCAUCCAUAUUCGAUUAAUCAUCGCAUGUAACAGUAUCGGCUUUUGUUCGCAACUACGGAAGUAAUAAAAAAGUUUACGAGGGAACACAAUGGUUGAGAAGAAGGAUUGUUUUUCGUCAACUUAUACUGUUGAUACAUUCAGUUCGACAGCUACUUUGAAUACAAACGAACCAGUGAAAGUUCCAAUUGGAGCAUUACCGGAAAAAGAGUAUAACCAAUAUGAACAUAGAGAAUUGGAACAUUCUAAUACAUUCACAGGUGCAUUUAUCCAUUUGGUGAAAAGUUCUUUGGGAACAGGAAUCUUAGCGAUGCCCAGGGCUUUUAAAACAGCAGGUUUAGCGGUAGGAUUUUUUGGAACUCUCUUUAUUGGAUUCUUAUGUACGCAUACAGUACAUCUGCUAGUAUCGGCAUCCCAAAAAAUGUGCGUAGAAACUAAGACGCCAAGUCUUGGAUAUGCAGAAACGGCGGAAACUGUAUUUCAAAAUGGUCCGAAAAAGUUUCGACGUUAUUCUAGAUUUGCCAGAAAUUUCUCGGACAUAUCAUUGGCGUUAACUUAUGCCGCUGGAACUGCUGUAUAUAUUGUAUUUAUUUCAGAAUCAUUACAAAAACUUUUGAAAGAGUACUACGAACCAGCUGGUGAAGAGGUAUGGAGCAUAUACUUCAAACUAAUUAUUCUUGGUCCUCUAAUUAUUUUUUGUCAAGUAAGACAGUUGAAGCAUUUGGUUCCGUUCUCAUUUAUAGCUAAUAUAACGAUGUCACUUGCAUUUGCCAUUACUCUUUAUUACACAUUCAAGCAGAUUCCGGAUGUCAAAUUUUCUGAAAGGAACAUGGUGACUAGCUUAAGCGGGAUACCAUCAUUUGUUAGUACUGCCAUAUUUGCUAUGGAAGGUAUUGGUACUAUAUUGCCAGUAGAAAAUUCAAUGGUCACUCCUCAAUUCUUAGGGUGUCCUGGUGUUUUAAAUUUGGGUAUGCUAGUUGUUGUAAUGUUCUUUGCUACUAUGGGGUGUUUUGGUUAUUAUUCUUUUGGUGACGAAACCCAAGCCACAAUUACACAGAAUCUUCCCCAAGGUGAAGUGUUAGCACAAAUAGUUCAAGGAUCAAUUUCCUUAGCAGUAUUCUUCACGUUCAUGCUUCAAUUUUACGUGCCAACUGAAAUAAUAUGGAGAAAAAUUAAACCUCGAGUUCAAGAAAAGAAUCACGACAUCGCGCAAAUUAUUAUCAGGAGUAUUAUUGUUAUUAUCAUUGUUGCAAUAGCUACAGCUGCCGGUCAUCAUCUAGACGCUUUAAUAGACUUGGCUGGAUCCAUUUUUUUGUCGACUUUAGGAUUUUUAAUACCUGCUAUAUUAGAUAUCAUUAUAAAUUGGGGUAACUGGGGAAAAUUUAAUUAUAUAUUAGUCAAAGACAUCAUGAUUUGUGCAUUUUCUUUAUUCGGACUGGUUUCUGGUACUUAUUAUGCACUAUUAGAAUUUAGUAAAUAAUGUUGUUUAUUGAAGGUAUUAUUUUUACGUCUAUUUAUUACAUAUUCUCAAUUAUUUAUGCACGUUGAAAUAAAUCAAUAACGGGGCUUUAAUAUUACAUAAUAUUUAUUACAACAAACAAUUAUAAAUUAUACAAACGAAAGAGCAACUCGAACAAUUUUGUUUAUUAGUGCCAUUUUCGCCACCUAUCCGAAAACGUUGGUUGUUAAGAUGACGACCAGAAAACAAAAAAAAACCUUCAUUUCUUAUUUAGUUCGUUUGUGAUAACACCUGUAGAGUCCACGUCUGCAAAUACUGAUUAAUCAGAAAAGAUUUAAAUAGGAGAAGUGAAUGAACUAAUUUAUUGAGAGAGUUGGACUCAAAGUAUCCGUUUUCUACAGCAAAGCUGUUUCAUCGUCCAUCUUCGACAAAUGUUGGGCUCGAAUCUAUGAACUAAGCUUUGAUUUGGAACAGAGUGGGAUAUUAGCUCUUGUUGUAUGAACCAAGUGAGACAGAACUACAAAUUCUCAAUAUUAUUGUAUCACUCAAUAAACAGGUGGAUACAUUUUCUUUGUUGAUAAUGAGAAAGGCAUAUUCUUGUUAUUUAUACUUGAGUUUUAUCAAUGAUUCGUUUGGUAUAAAUAUCAACAAAUGUGUCGAUAUUAUAAGCAUAGACAGAACAAUAAUUGUAUGUUUUGUGUGAAUUUUUGUAAAUAUUAGUAUUUAUUUUUCAAUUUUAGUAUGAUUGUGUGAUCAAUAAGUAUUAUUCCAUUGUUCUUAUGAUUUUAUGUUUAUUACUGAGUAUUGUUUUUAUUUAUAUAUUUUCAUAACAAUGCAGAUUUUGUAACUCAAUUCAAGAAUAAAACAUUAUAUUUUAAA